AGGACCUCAUUCAGGACUAGACAUUCGUAGCUUAAGUACGUAGAGUAGACCUCCGUUUUUAUUCUCAGUCAGAACAGUCGUCUACGUCUUCCUCUUCUUCAGGGUGUUGCUUGAUUAUUUUUACUGGGUGUUGCUACUCCCUUUGCUGAUAGACCUCAUCGUACGGGUAUGUGACUAGGCGUAUGUAUUUGUAUUCUAAAGAGGAAUCGAAUGCAGAUAAUGCGCUUCUAGGAUAGGCACGUCACACAACUGUACGUCGACCCCGGUUGGGGGUUUUGCGUCACCUGCUGUGCGGCAACCGCGGUUUCAGUUUCUGGUGUCCUCGUCUGCGGCAAUCAUGCACGCGACAAAAACGCGCGUAGCCGUAGGUCAUCGAGUGUAGUAACUCGGCAAGGAAGUAGUAGUGCUGAAGAAGAAGCAGCCAACGCACCACAAAAUGGCGUGCUGUGGUUGUUUCCGCGGGGGAGCUGCAAAAAAAUCCCAGCAAGAAGUCGAGGAAGAGAACCAGUGGAAAGAACAACUUUUCUACGAACUGCAGCAGUCCACUGAAAACGCCCGGGAAUCGCAAAAACAGCUGCAGCAAGUGGCGAACGAGGUGCAAGCGCUGAGCCAGCGGGUCAGCAGUGGAGGUGGUUCUCAAGGAGCAGGGGAGAAUCAUGGUGGCGUUGACGAUUUAUUUUCCGGCAGACCGACGGGUCAUGGUGAUGGUGGACAACUCUCGUCGUCGUCCGCACCAGGUGGUACCACAACUCGACUCGCAGCAGAUUCUGUCGCUGAGGCGAGACUGGAGGACAUGCUUGGCGAGCUGUUGAAGAGAUUGUCGUCCUCGAAGGGCCGGAGCCGUGUUUCUGAUGGGGACAGAGCUACGAAAAGAUCCAAAGCGGGCACCACGACGAGCGGGCCCUCUAAAGAGGAUGUAGUGGGGAACAAGCAAGAUGGGAAUGAUGACGCGGUAGAGAUAAUAGACGAAACGUCCCUGAGCAAGGCAAGCAGCAGUUCUACUUCCAGCUCCGCGACAGAUGACAAGAAGGGCCUCAAACAAGCCGGUAGUCUUCAAAAUGCUGGUGACAACAUUAAGAAGGAAAAGAAGAUAAAAACGGUACAACAGAGAGUCAAGGCGCUCUUCUCGGCGGCCGGGAGAUUGAAGAAAGGAACACAGGACAAACGAAAGUCGGCGGUUCAAGCUGAGAUUGAAAGGGGAAAAGUGAAAGAGAACGUGGGGAAGUUUGAGGACAAAAUCGUGGGAGCUGCUGCGAAGAAGAAAGGAGAUGGAAAAGUGGGUACUAGUACUACUGUGGUUCCAACUGCUAGUACAAUAACCCCAAGAACACAAGUAGAGAAAGCAGAAGAAGCAGACGAUGACGUCGAAGCAAGUGGAGGAGCUCUUGCAGAAUUAGCGGAAGUAGACACCAAAACCGCCGUGCCAGUAGGGCCCAAAGGCAAGGUCAGAGAACACAUCGGGCUAUUUCAGGACAAAAUCGCAGAACAGCAAUUAAGCCCAAGAGGAGAUCCAAUCGAGAAAAGGUCCUCUCCUCGCAAGAAUAUCAAACCCAAGCCAUUCCUUUCUCGCCAAUCUGCUACCAUCGUCGACGUGCAGUCGAAAAACCUCAGCCAUGCGCCGUUGGUCGACGAGCUCCAGCGACUGCUGAAGCGAAGGCAGGAGAAGAUGACGCGAGAGAAACUUCGGCUCUCUUCAGUCGAUAUCAAAGGGGACGAGGCGGUUAGCACUACUAUCGAGGUGAAAAGCCGCGACUACGGGACCAGACACAGCAGUCAAAGGCACAGCAGUGCAGUCGUUUGCGACGUCAGCUUCGGGCAGGGUCAGUUCGACAUUGAGCCAGAUCAGGAGAUGUACCGACGGAUUAUAGCUGCUGGUGGUGCAGCACACGGGACAAGCAAGCACGUUCCGAUUCACCUGCAUCUACCGCAUUCUUCGCAUAAGCAAGUGGAGAAGAAAAGCGUGGAGCAGGAGCCGGUUGAAGACGUGACAUUAUCAAGCGACGAGAAGCUGCCAUCUGUGAGAAAAACAGCAAGCGCGGUCGUCGCUAGCGGUGUUGUGCCGGAAACGGUUGCGGGUGCACAAAAAGAAGUUGUGAAACAGAUGCGGAACACGUUGGAAAGAGGAAGUCCUCGUGCAGGAGGAGCUCCAGGCGCAGCGAUCAUAUCUUCUACCCCGCAGGAGGAUAGUAUCAGUCCCAGGUCACCGGACACUCACUUACCCGUUUCGGCAAGGCAAGCACCACACGAAAAGCCUGCUGCAACAUUAUCGCCCAGAGUGGUGGUUCGGAAUAAAAAGGAUGGGUUUUUAUCUCCGCGCGACUUCGUUGACGCGAAAGUUAUCACGACCGCAAGGACCUCUACCUCACCUAGAUCCGCCACCUCCGCCGAAACGCCGAAAACCAACAUAGAAACGACGGAAUCGUCCCCGGCCGAGUCGUCCACGGAUUCGGAUGUUGUGCUUGACUUGACGACUGGCAUGGGCCAGAUUGACGCAGUACAGCAGGAGCAUUUCUACGACGUCGAUGAUGACGAUUUGAAUUGCGACAUUGACGCCACAAAGUCCAGACCGAAGUUUUUACCCGAACUCGGAGAUAAACUGCGUGCUUCUUCGGUUGUUUCUAUAGAGAGCCCGCGGGUCAGCAUGGUGUUGGGGGAAGUGGUUUUGCCCGGCGGAAGAGCAGAAGAUGAUCCGCCUGCGGCGGAGGUUUUCGAAGGUACGCCGCGGACCAUGUCGUUGGAUCUAGAUUUGUUUACGACCAAAUCCGAUAUCAUUCAGGCGGCGAGAAAGAACCAAACGCUCGCGACCGCGGGGAGGUAUGGUGGUAUCAAACCACCAGUGAGUGCGUUAUCGUCUCCUAAGCGACCAGGUGGCUUGACGUCAACAACGCCCAGAACAACUGGUGCAGCAGCUCCGGGUCGUGGCGUUGUUGCUGGCAUCAAGCUGCGCUUGACGAAACAGCCCAAGGUGGCUGCGGGGAUGAAACAGCCCAACACAGGUGUGGAGGUUUUUUCCGUGUCGGAGCAGGAACGUCGGCUACAGGCAGUUCCGAAAAGUGGCAAGUCCGUCCGAGAAAUGGCAGCUUCGCUUGCGGAUCGGAUGAGAAUGUCGGACGAAGUUAAUAGCGUGUCGUCGACGGGAUCGACACAUCAACCAAAGACCACCGCGACCCAAAUAAAACCAGCGGGUUCGAAAGCGAAGCCUUUUAUCAGUCCAAAGCGUCCUUCAGCUGUUAGUACACGAAAGCCUUCUACGGCGAAAGUCACAGCUGCACCAGUGAAACCGCCACCGGUAGUCCAGGCGAUAGACGCAGAUAAAGAACAAGCAGAUGAAAUUCUGUCUUUACAGGCACCGGAAUCCUCAAUCGAUACACAAUCAGAACUCGCUGGACCUCCGGCAGAUAAUUACAGUGCGUCCGUCUUUGCCAAAAGGCCGAAACACCAAGCUCCGGCUCCUGAAAAGGCAAUACGAGAAGAAGUGGACAAGGACAACAAGUCCGGCUCUACUUCCUCAGGAAGCGAAACUAUAGCCAUGGCCCAACUGGCAGAGAAGCUUACGAAAGAAGAUGAAAACAGAUUUGACGUGGAUUUUCACGUUGAGCACGACGUGGCCACGUUGAGCACGACACGCUUGCCUCUGGCAGCCGGCCGAGCCGGUCAAGACGCUGACAACGCCUCCUCUGCCUCGUCCGUCGGAGAAAAAUUGCGAAAAUUGCUGCAUCAGGGUGCGGAAGAUCUUCCGGAAGGCGGGACUACCGAGGAGGACAUCGGUUCAGACGCGGAGGUGCAGAGCGUGCAGGUGGACCUGGAUCCGGAUUAUGACCAGCACGAAGAAGCACUAGCGCCAAGAGGGAAGCAGGCGAUGGAAACUACACGACGUAGCAGUACUACUGGUAGAAGUAGAAGAAGCGAACAAGAAAAUAAGCGAGGGAAGAAAUCUACACGAGAAGGUACUUCUAGCGGCCCCGCACCAGCACAGCCGCCCAAUCAUGAAAUGGUUCUCCAAAUGAAUCUGGACGCCUUCGCCUUGCGCAGCAGUAUGGCGACCACGCAUGUUGGUAUUACCACCGACGACGCUACUUCUGAGGGAAAUGGUAUGGAAACGCCACCGGAAAGCGCUAGAGGUGAGGUGGACUUUUUCUCCCCGCGGGCAGGAGACGGGGGCUUCCUGUUCGGGCCAGAUCUGCUUUCGGACAUCGUGGAUCGGAAAACAUUGGAACAGAUCGAGCACGGGCAUAGACCUCGUACUCGGAACUGAGUUCUUCGGGAUGUUGGUGCUCAUUUUGAUAGUAGCAGUAAGCUGAAAUUUUUUAGGACAAUUGGUGUCUGCUUUACUUCAAUAUAGGACAAUCUGAAGACUUAGACUGCGCGACAGACUGUGAGUCUUGUUUGGCGCAAAAA